CGUUAACGCUCACCGAUCAAUUGUCUGCUGUCUUCUUCUUGUUUUGAACUGCUGUAGCCUCUCUGGUCAUGUUCGAGCUUUGGAAUCAGGCGCGGGCAAGCGCAAGCUCAAAACUGGCUUCCGAAACGACGCCUGGCGAGAAUCCGGGCGUUAAUGGAAGCCGGAAAACUUCAGCGCCAUCAACAAGAAUUGACUCUGGUUUCGAACCUGCACAGGGCAGUGUGCAGACGAGUCGUGCACGCUUGGCGAGCGAGGUCGAUGCUUCACUUGAAGAGCCGCUCGCUAGAUCAAACAAGAGGCGAAGAACGUCUUGGUCGUCGAACAUACCCGAAAACAUAAAUGACGACGUGCCGUGGGCGUAUCCAACCUUAACUGCGAAAGCCAUUCUCGAAGAGACUCAAAUUCACAAUGUCGUUGCAAUCACUGAGGAUUCUGCAGUCAAGAAGGCACUGCUUACGAACUUCUUUGCGCGAUCAGCUGAAAGUCGAAGAUAUCGUUUAGCUGCCGGGUUGCUUCAUGAUGGCUUAAACCUUCUCGUCGUAGAAAAUGACGCUGGCAUCAGUCAAUAUCAUGCAGACUUGGCAAGUUCUGGGUAUAUCUCUCGAAUUGGACAACAUGCCAGCUGCGCAACAGACGAGGAUGGUAAUUGGUUUGAACAGAGUGGCACAGACGUCAUAAUAGUAUCGCACCAUGCUCUCAUGGAGUCAGUCGUGGAAGGAGCGUUAUUGAUAGCUCACGUCAGCACGUUGGUACUAGGCGGCUUUUGGCCUGAUUGUGAAGAGUUCGGUCGGUUGUAUCGGGCAGUCAACGUAGCCUCAAGACCGCGCAUACUGGCGUUCAUGCCGCAUGUCGGAUCCCAACCUCCAGCGUUCUUGGAGUUCCAACGCUACACAAAUGCUCAAGUGUGCUACGUCGUCGCAGACGAAGUGCAGACUCCAAGCGCGCGCCGACUUGAAGGUCUAGUCGAGAAUGUGGUGACUUAUCAGAAGCUGUGCUGUUCGGCUGCGCGGACUCCGCUGUCCACCAAGUUGCGCGAAGUCGACAACGAAGGUUCCAUACCGCCUCAUCUCUUCAAGCGCGCACGAACAGUGCUCACCGAGCUUGGACUGUGCGCGGAGGAGUUGUUUUGGAAGUUAGCCCUAUCCUCGACGCCAACGCAUGAAGUUCGGGAUGGAGUUAUUGGGCUUAGAGCUACGCCUACGAAGGCAAUUCGCGAAGUAAUCAAACGCUGGUCAUUCAAGGUCCCUUGUCUCGACUCGGCUUCGAGAAACUCUAACCUCUCUCCCAAAUUCGCGCGGUUUGUAGAGGAGUUGAAGGGGCGUAACGGCUUAGGCGGAAGCAACAAGUUCCGUAUAUUUGUCAUUGUUCAGAAGAAGGCAAUAGCGACCAUGCUCGUCGAGCUACUGAACACCUUGCCCUCCCAACCUGGUCAACCGUCCUUCCGUCCGAUGACAUUGUCAGGCGACGUGUACGCUUGCCCAGAGCGACUACAAUCCGUCGCGCAAGCACUCGAAGAGGGUCACUGCAACAUUCUAGUCAUCACCAAGUCGUUGGAGAAUCUGGACCUUCCAAAAUUCAAUACAGUUAUUCGUUAUAACGUAUUCCGUAGUCAAGUAUCGUAUGUGCGUUCGGCCGCUCUAUGCACGGAUUCAGGAGGCCGCCUCGUACACAUGAUCGAAGAAAACAACGAUGCGCAUCGACACAUUCUCUCUGACACCAUGGCUUUCGAUCAGGACAUGUCACAAUGGGCCAAACAGACCAUGUGCUCUGAUGAAGGCGCCAUACCUCCACGAGCGCUGACUGAAUCCUUGGAUCCAUAUCGCUCUGACAGUGAGGAUGAACUCGAGUCCGUGGAAUGCAUACGAGACCCCACGACUGGUGCAACAAUCCGCAAAAUGGAAGCCCAUACCGUGAUGCAUCGCCUCGCCGCAAGCAUGCAGAGCAAAGAAAUUGUUUAUUGGAUUCGACCAUUCUUCAUAAACCGCGACGUCAAUACGAAGGCCGACGGCAAUCCUAGAUAUUCGUGCACCGUGGUUCUUCCUGCAGCAUCUCCGAUACCUACAAUCACUGGUCCGACAUGUGCCACUUUCGCCGAGGCACGCAUGGAGGCAUGUUACCAGGCUUGCAGCAUUUUGUUUGAUAGAGGCAUCUUGGACUAUCGCAUGUUCCCCCAAAGUCAAGAUGGAUGUAUCACAAGAUCAACUGAAGGCGUCACUGCGACUAGGAAAGCGGAUGAAGACAUAGUCACAGCCGUAAUGUCCGCCAAUACUUAUCGCUGUUUUAAGAAGCGACCAGACUUUUGGACGAACUGCGGAAAGAGCUUUCAAGGGCGCCUGUACUCAACGAUCGUAUCCCUCAGCAACGUGCAGGAGGAUGACCACGCUCCAAUCCUUCUACUCACCAGGAGAGCGCUUCCUGAACUGGCAAGCUUCUCCAUAUUUCCUGCCACUUUCACGGCCGUCGCACAGUUUGCUAGAGCCGGAGCGCUUGACAUCAGUGACGAGCAUCUCUCUCUUCUACAUCGAUACACUGAACGAGUGUGCAGGGCGAUUACCAACAAGCCGCUCGCUUACUCCGCGGACGAUAUGCCAUACUUUCUUGCUCCUCUGCGCAAGGGUGCCGAGGAGAUCUUACGACGGUUCUAUGGUCUGGGACAACAUCCAUCCAUUGCGAAAUACAUCCCUUGGGAGCUGGUCAGACUCGCCGCAGACAAUUUCAUUGUACCGCUGCUGUCGGAUAACGGAGAUUCUAUCGAGGGAGACUCCGUCGUGCAAGAUAGACGUGCAGAGUUCACGAAUCGAUUCUUUGUGAAGAAGGUCAGGCAUGAUCUGAGUCCGUUGAGCAAAGCCGAUGAUAGUCCUCGCGAGGCAGAAUAUGCGAGCUUUCUCGGAUAUUGUAGAGCGCGUAUCAAGGACUUCCAAGGACUCAAAGAUGAACAUCAGCCGCUUAUUGAGGUCGCACGCAUGCCCUCUGGAGUCAGCUACCUCACUCCGAACGUCAAGAUGCAGACUGACUCGAAGCCACCGGUGAAAUACUUGAUUCCGGAGCUGUGCUCGAAGUCCACGAUCCCAGCAAGCACAUUCCGGACAAUGCUCCUGAUGCCGUCCAUCAUGCGAAGGGUUGACGAUCAAUUACUGGUGAAGGAGCUCAACGCAAGGUUCUUCCAGAAUUCUGUCAAUGAGCGGCAGCUUUUAGUUGCAUUGACCACUCCUUCUGCGAAUGCCGAGUUCGACUAUGAGCGCCUGGAGUUCAUAGGCGACGCCUUCUUGAAGCAGCUGGCUUCCAUCUACUGCUUCGUAACCAUGCCAUCGGCUCCACAGGGUGCGCUACACCCAUCACGGAGAGACAUUGUCAGCAACGAGGCCCUGCUGUCCGGAGCGAAUGAAGCUGGGCUGCCACCAUAUAUUCAAAGCAAGCCAUUCAUGGCGAGAUUGUGGCAGCCUGUCCCUCCUGUAUCUUCAAGAGCUGAAGACGAUGGAGUUCCUGUAACAAUACAGAACAAGUCGCAGGGAGAUCAGCCUAAACCGUCUGGGAAACGAAGCAAGAGGAAGAAGCAAGAGGACGAUUACGACAUCCAAUGGCUCGGAGCCAAGACCGUCGCAGACGUUGUCGAAUCCCUCGUAGGCGCGGCCUACAUCAGCGGAGGACAGUCUGUAGCCCUGAGAGUCGCUAAGGCUCUUCAUGUAGGUGUGCCACUAGUGGAACGAUGGUCGGAUUUCGCUUUCAAGGCAUCUGUCCCGCUUUCUCAUGUGACGGAUGCCCUUCCCGCGGGCAUUGUGCAAGCCGUGGAAGGCCUUUUGCAUUGUCGUUUCAAGAAACCACAAUUGCUUGCGUGUGCACUGACUCAUGCAUCUAUUGAAGGCUAUGGCUUCACCAGGUAUGAUCGGCUCGAGUUCAUUGGGGAUGCUGUGCUGGACGUCCUCGCCGUCCGACACAUCUAUCACUGCCAUCCGACGCUCAUGCCUGGAGACCUCUCGCUGCUCAGGAGCGCGAUGGUAUCGAUGCACGCACUCGCGGCUCUCUGUGUAGAGAUCGGCCUGCACAAGCAUUUACGGCAUAACUCCAAGGAGAUUGACUCCGCAAUUCGAGCAUACGUCAGCCAAUUGCGUGUGCUGCAGAACAAGGAGCACCGUGCUGCAGCCGAUGAGCGUAGAGAGCCGAAGCAGUACUGGACUACACUCGAGCCGCCAAAGGUUCUAUCUGACAUCGUUGAAUCCGUCAUCGCCGCGCUGUACGUCUCGGAUGAUUUUGCGGAGGAAAACGUCACGGUACUGUUCGACGAAGUGAUGAAGCCAUUCUACGACCGCUACGUGCGGAUACAGACUCUGUGGCCGCAGCCUAUUGCGACACUGUACGAGCUGCUUACGUCGUACGGAUGCCAGCGGCAUAGUAUCGUCAAGGAGAGAAAAAAGCAGACUCGUUGCGAUGUCAUCGUGCAUGGCAUCGUAUUAGCUCACGGUGAAGGCGCUAACGUCGUUGCUGCCAGAAGCAGCGCCGCUUUGCACGCCCUUGACGCGUUGAACGGUGACACAAGUUUCAUGGCGCGCACGUGCGAUUGCCGCGCUACCUCGCAGCAGAGCCAGAAGGGCAAGAAAACGAACGUUGACAGAGCUGAGCUUGGGUACGAGGAAGAGUAAAUCAAUGCGUCGACUGUAGGGAAUACAUCGCUGAAGUUAUGACUGAACGAUGGCUGCCUGUCGUCCCUUUUUCCAUGUCGCCGCCGCUGGUGUCGCGGGUCGCUCAAAGAAAUGCAGAGACGUACAUCCAAGUUCGAUAUAAUGAUAAUGGCUGUGCAGCAGACAGACAGCUCUAUAGGUUCUAUAAGCUCUAUGCUCCCCAUCUAUGCCCGUCUAUCCCGUGUGCAGCAGUUCACGUGCUAGCGGUGGACUUCUUCCU